AUGGUGGUGCCGCCGCGGCGGGUGAAGACGGAGUACAUGAAGCGCUUCAAGGAGCCCAAAUGGGAGUCGUGCGGUGCCUGCUACCUGGAGCUGCUUCGGUACCGCCUCAGCCGCCGCCUCCUGGAGCAGGCGCACCGGCCCUGGCUCUGGGACGGGUGGGAGCAGGAGAGCGGCGGCAGCGGCAGCAGCACAGCGGGGUCACCUCCUCCGCCACCCGGCACCAACGCGGCUGCCCCGCAGCAGCAGAAGGAGGAGGAGGAAGAGAAGAAAGAGAAGAAGGAGGAAGAGGAGGAAGAAGAAGCGGCGGCAGCAGCACCGGGCGAGACGGGACGGGAGAGCCCCGAGAAAGAAAGGGAAGAUCAAGAAAAGCAGCAGAGUGAGGAGCAGGAAAAGCCAGCAGGACAAACUUCUGGGAAGGACACAGAGAAAAGCAGCCGCAGGGGACCCCGCUCGAGCCGAAGUGCCUUGUCCAGUCGGAAUGAUCAAAGAUCAGCCAAAAGUCCCCAAAAGGCAGAGCCACCAAAGGAGAACAAACACCCCUUUGCUCUGUAUGGAUGGGGGGAAAGACAGACAGACACAGGCAGCCAGAGGACUCACAAUGUCUGUGCUUCUGCGUCAGCAAAUGAAAUUCACGAAUCUGCUCUGCGAGCAAAGAACAGGAGGCAAGUGGAGAAAAAGAAACUGUCCCAGAGGAGAGUACGAUCAGCAGAAGAGAAAGCUUGGCAGAUGAAGCCCUCCCCAGCAGACAACCCGUGGAUGACUGAGUACAUGAGAUGCUACUCAGCAAGAGCUCGGUGAAUUUGGAUUCCCUUAAGCAUCUUCAAGAGAAAUUCCACCUAUCAGGACACCAAGGACCCAAACUACUUAUGCAAGGGUUUUAUAGGGAGUUUCCAGCUGAUAAAUACUUGGUACAAUGUUUUUAUCUUGGCUACCUACCUCACACUGGGGUGUAUUGUUGGAGCCAUAACAUUUGAAGAGGCUUUGAUAGCUACCCAAACUUUGA